AUGGGGAAGAACAACCUGACCUGGGUGAGUGAGUUUGUCCUACUGGGCCUCUCCGGGGACCGGCAGACCCAGGCUGGGCUGUUUGUCCUGUUCGAGGCCACCUGUCUGCUGACCUUGCUGGGUAACGGGCUCAUCCUCGUCCUGGUCCGGCUGGACUCCCGCCUCCAGCUGCCCAUGUACUUCUUCCUCAGCAACCGCUCUGUAGUGGACAUCUGCUACACCUCCAGCGGGGUUCCCCAGAUGCUGGCGCACUUCCUCCUGGAGAAGAAGACCAUCUCCUCCACCCGAUGUGGUAUCCAGCACUUCUUCUCACUGGCCCUGGGCACCCAGGACUCAGGGACUAAGUUCUCACUGCUGACAGCAAUGGUCUAUGAACACUGUGUGGUCAACCCCCUGCACUGCAGAGCAGCAAUCAGUCCAAGGCUGACAGUGGUCUCUUGGUUUGUGGGCCUGGCUAAUUUUGAAGUGGAGAUGGCAGUCCCCAUGCACUUGCCCACCUGUGGGCACUGGGUCGUGAGCCAUGUGGCCUGUGUGGAUGUUGCAGUGUUCCCUCCUAGUGUUGAGAGAAUCAUGGGGCCCUGGACUCCAUGCAGGACUUGGAGAGAAAUAUCAAUCAACAAACAGAUUUUUCCCAAGCUCCACUGUGUUCAGUACACCAUGCCAGGUGCUGUAGGAGACACACCCAAUCUAAUAUGA